GCGGGGUUGAGAGGAACGGAGGUGUAAACGGAGAGAGCUUUCUCUAUCUCUCUCUCUCCCAUAACUGAAUGAAUUUCGAUAUAAAAGUAACAGAAGUACACCUCCACGGGAACAAACUUCAACAACAUUUGAUAUACUUUAUAUUCAAAUGUAUUUAUUUAUAAAUGUAAAUAUUUGACUAGAUACAGAAAACUACAGCUGGACUUGCGCGUCCUAAACUUAUAAGAAUUAAACUACUUCUGAAGCUUCGACUACGACUGCAAAAACUACUAACUACUACUGCUACGGCCGCCAACACUACUACUGCUACUGCUGUUACCACUACUACAAUUGCUAUUACUACUGCUACUCCCUCCCCGUUGGAAGAUGACAACUUUAACUAACGGACAGGUGGACGGCAUGGGACAUGGUGGGGCUGCCAGCUCCAAUGGGCUCGUGAACGGAUUAAGCCACAGUCCCGCGAACUGCGCCACCAUUCCCAUGAAGGACCACGAUGCCAUCAAACUGUUCAUCGGGCAAAUCCCGCGCAAUCUGGACGAGAAGGACCUCCGACCGCUCUUCGAGGAAUUUGGCAAGAUCUACGAGCUCACCGUGCUCAAGGACCGCUUCACGGGGAUGCACAAAGGCUGUGCCUUCCUCACCUACUGUGCCAGAGAUUCUGCCCUGAAAGCUCAGACUGCCCUCCAUGAACAGAAGACCCUGCCAGGGAUGAACAGACCAAUCCAAGUGAAGCCAGCAGACAGUGAGAGCCGAGGAGAAGACAGAAAACUGUUUGUGGGCAUGCUCAACAAGCAGCAGUCGGAGGACGAUGUGCGGCGCCUCUUUGAGUCCUUCGGCAGCAUCGAGGAGUGCACUAUCCUUAGGGGUCCUGACGGAAACAGCAAAGGCUGUGCCUUUGUGAAAUACUCUUCCCACACUGAAGCCCAGGCAGCCAUCGGAGCCCUCCACGGCAGCCAGACCAUGCCUGGUGCCUCCUCCAGCCUGGUGGUGAAGUUCGCCGACACAGACAAGGAGCGCACCAUUCGCCGCAUGCAGCAGAUGGCUGGUCAGAUGGGCCUGUUCAACCCCAUGGCCCUGCAGUUUGGGGCCUAUGGCGCCUACGCACAGGCACAGGUCCAGCAGCAGGCAGCGCUGAUGGCGUCCGUGGGUCAGGGCGGGUACCUCAGCCCCAUGGCUGCCUUCGCCGCCCAGAUGCAGCACAUGGCCACAAUCAACGGGCUCCCUGGGGCCCCCUUAACGCCCACCUCAGGUGGUAGCACGCCUCCAGGUAUCCCCGCCCCAGCAGUGACCAGCAUCCCCUCCCCCAUUAGCGUGAAUGGCUUCACUGGGCUGCCCCCGCCCCAGGCCAACGGCCCGCCCCCCGCCGAAGCCGUCUUCACCAAUGGGAUACACCCCUACCCAGCAGCACAGAGCCCCACCACGGCUGACCCCUUACAGCAAGCCUAUGCAGGAGUCCAGCAGUACGCAGCAGCCUAUCCUGCUGCAUACGGACAGAUCAGCCAGACCUUCCCCCAGCCUCCUGCACUCAUCGCCCAGCAACAGAGAGAAGGCCCGGAGGGGUGUAACCUGUUUAUCUACCACCUCCCUCAGGAGUUUGGGGAUGGCGAGCUCAUGCAGACCUUCCUGCCUUUCGGUAAUGUCAUCUCCUCCAAAGUGUUUGUGGAUCGGGCGACAAACCAAAGUAAAUGCUUUGGCUUUGUGAGUUUCGAUAACCCCGCCAGCGCCCAAGCGGCCAUACAGUCUAUGAAUGGCUUUCAGAUCGGUAUGAAGAGACUCAAGGUCCAGCUGAAGAGGCCCAAGGAUGCCAACCGCCCUUACUAGCCCUGCCCACAUACCCCACUGGCUGGGGGACAACCACUGCUGGAGCACAAAGGGAAUAACAGGUUUCGAAAUGCAUGUUUCUGACAUGGAAAAUGUAAAAAAAAAAAAAAAAACCUUCAAGAAUAUCAAAUAAAGAACUAUGGGGUCACAGAGGGGCCUGGGCAGGCCUGACACUGAUGCUGAAAAGGAUUGAAAUCAGACAACAACGCGAGUUACUGCUGGAUCAAAACUGUACAUAUCAGAGGAGAGGGGAGACAUGGAAAUGUGUUAGCAUGGGUGUAUGGGGGCCAAUAAUGUGCCACACCCAAACUCACCAACCAAUAACAUUCCUCCUAAACCCUCUCCCGGGUGAAUCGUUGCUGGAGGCCCACAGACAUGUUUGGAGCUGAGUGGACGACAUGGCAAAUUCUGACUGAACACUUGGAACAUCAAAAUGAAAUAACGUAAACAAAAAAAAUUAGCAUUUUUGAAGCCGCCAACAAAGAGAAAAUAGCUAUGGGAUUUUUUUUUCAGAGUGAGAAAGAAUCUCUUUUUUUAUGGAGCAUACAACAUUUCAGGUCACAACGAUCCUGAUCAGCCAUCUUUACUUGGAGUGCCUCUCCGUUUCCAGGGGACGUCGUUGCUAUGUUGACCCGUAGCAACAGUCUCCAAGGAGUCUCUUACCUGUCAUUCCUUUGCUAUUAUAGGGACCAAAGGACAAGCGUUUUUAUCACUUAAAGACUCGCAGCUGUGACUGAGUUGGACCAUUUAAUAUCUUCUGCUGUUUGUGUAACAGUUUGGAAAAAAAGACAAAUGUAAAGUUAUAAUAUUGCUGAUAGGCUUUUUAAUGACAAACUGUUCCUUGUUUGAUACUUUGCCGCCACCGUGCAGGGAAGCGAGACACGCCAUGGCAGACAUUCACAAUGCUGGUUUACAAUUACUGCUCAAUAUCACAUUGAGAUUCAUCUUUCUCCUUUUGUUCUUUCUUUCUUUUUGAUGAGGUAAUGCAGGGGAAGGUUGCAAUAUUCACUACAGCAACCUCACAUUUGAUAACUUAAAAAAAGAAAACGUCUCAAAACAAUAUAAAUAUCCAAUCAUGUAAGU